AUGCUGUGACCCUUCCCCUGCACUAGGUGGGCAGCCCCGAUGUCAACCAAGCUCUACGUCCUCAUCAGCUGGCCCGAUGGCAGCAGGGUGAUCAACAUUGAGAACAUCAAGGAGCCCCGCAAGCCUUUCCACCUCUAUGCAGUGGGGGAGCAAGUGCUGGCCCGCUGCCCCGGCUUCAGUGGGCUCUACUGGGGCAUGGUGGAAGGUAUAAGUGAGCAUAAAGAUAUUUUGGAGAAGAAGCUGCUGGAAGAUAGACAGUUCCUGGAGAAGUUGAAAGCAGAACCGGCCGUCCAUAGCAUGAUGCCACCCCAGCCAAAGAAAUCCAGGAAAACCUUCCCAAAAUGGACCCCAGGGAAUGCACCCAGGAAAUACCACAGCGACAGGACCUACCCUGCAAAACCCCUGCUGAGGGCGGCUGAGGCCAGCCUGCCCCAUGAUGCUGGCAGCUCCUCCAUCAUCAAGGAGAGACGUGCCCUGGGCAAUGGAGCAGCAGGAAGGUCCUGCUCACUGGCAGGAUCCCCCCACCCAGCCAGUGCCUUCACACCUCCAUCCACGUUUGUCACCGUGGCCAUGCCAGGGACCUCCCAGGGUGAAGAGGAUGGGGCUGGUCCAGCUACUAAAGAUUACGUUGCCCUGCCGAUGAAGAGGAAGUCAGAUGGCACCUUGUCCCAGUGCCAACAACACAUCUGCCUGAACAGGUACUGCUUGAAGGCACGCUGUGAGGAGCUCAAGCUCGAUGCUUUACAAGAGACAGAUGACUUUGAGAGAGUUCAGAAGAGUUUUGGUCCUGCUGAAGUGGAAAGGAUGGAGAAGAUAGAGCAGCUGGAGAAGAUGGUGUUGGACCUCCAACAGGAUGUCCUCUCUCUGAAGAAGAAGGUGCAGAGGCUGGAAUCCCUGUCCUUCCAGGAGGAGCCCCACCGGCAACCAUGCGAGGUGGUGGAGCUCUUCAAUGGCUACACCAAGGAACAGCUCAAAGAGACCAUCCGCUUUGACCAGAAAAUCAGCACUGCCUGCAAGACACUGCUCUACAAGCUCUUCACAUCCGACUACAUUCAGAGCCACUCCAUCACGGGCCGCAGGGGCAACACUUUCCGAGAGGCGAAGCCCAUGAUGGAUGAACGCUGCAUCAAAAUCAUCCGGGUGCUGUUGAAGCAGAAGUUUGGAGAUCACCUCAGUGACACAGUCAUCACGGAGAAGAUACAGAACGUGCAGAAAGCCCUGAGGCAGAAGUUUAAGACAGAGUGUCUCUGA